AACAAACCGCAGCUGAGGAGGAAACAAAAAGCACAUUGACUCUCUGCAGGUCUUUACUAAACUGGAAGUCUUCCCCAUUCCUUUCUUCAUGUCAACGUCACGCACUCGCUGCUCUGUAGCCAACCAGGUGGUGUGUCUGGCCGGCUGCUUUCAGCUAUAGGUCAGUUCAGGUUGGUGUGGGGAGUUCCGAGCAGUGUGGGACAUGAGCACAAUCAUGGGUGCCUUGCAACAUUGUAUCAUUGCAUCUGUGUGACACAGAUUCUUCUGGCUGUCCCAACAAGAUCCUAUAUUGUGUUGUGUCUGUGAUCCCCUGCCAGGUGUGUGAUUACCUACCUGACACCUACCUCAUCACAGUUGGAGACACACAGAAGCUGCUGUGGCAAAUACCAGUGACCUGCUUAGUGCUUCAAGUUACAGGCUCGAAGAUGGGUUCUUAUCAAACAUUGCAAACUGCUUCCAGGAUAUAUUGGGGGCUGUUAAUGAAACAGCAAUAAGUUUUAUUCUGGGCACAUAUUUUUUUUUCUUUCAUUUGACUUUUUUUUUUUAUUACCAGAUAUGUUUAGGUACAUUACUUUGGUCUAUCAGUAUAAAGUGCACGUACUGAAGGGACCAGUGAUUUUAUAGUCGGAUGGUGUCAAUUGCCAACUGUUUCCCAUGAGAAAUUGAAGCUGUGUUGAAUCACAUUGUUCUUGCAUAUGUACAGCCACUCCUGUAUGUUUUAUCUGUAUACUUUAACCACAAGUUAAGUUCUAAUGGAGGGAGCCGCUGCUGGGCCAGUGAAAGCUAAGUCUGGCUCCAAGAGUGCUGGGAGGGGUAGCUGUGAUGGGGGAGUUGCUAGCCCCAGCUCAGGGUGCCUGGGGCUGUCUGUAUGUGGAAAUGUGUCCCCUCCUUGUCCCGAGCUGCAGCCUCAGUACAAGCUGGAUGACUUUGACACUGUGGCCACUGUUGGAACUGGAACAUUUGGAAGAGUCCAUUUAGUAAAGGAGAAGACGGCAAAACAUUAUUUUGCCCUGAAAGUCAUGAGCAUCCCUGAUGUCAUUCGUCUAAAACAAGAGCAACAUGUACACAAUGAAAAAUCCGUCUUGAAAGAGGUUAACCAUCCUUUUUUAGUCAGGCUAUUUUGGACCUCUCAUGAUGAUCGCUUUCUAUAUAUGCUUAUGGAGUAUGUACCUGGAGGGGAACUUUUUAGCUACUUACGUAACAUGGGACGAUUUAAUAACACCACUGGACUGUUUUAUUCAGCAGAGAUUAUCUGUGCAAUAGAAUACCUUCACUCCAAAGAAAUUGUUUACAGAGACUUAAAGCCUGAAAAUAUAUUAUUAGACAAGGAAGGCCAUAUAAAGCUAACAGAUUUUGGAUUUGCCAAGAAACUUUCGGACAGGACAUGGACGUUGUGUGGCACACCAGAAUACCUUGCACCAGAAGUCAUACAGAGCAAAGGUCAUGGAAGGGCAGUAGAUUGGUGGGCCCUAGGAAUUCUGAUAUUUGAAAUGCUUUCUGGGUUUCCACCAUUUUUUGAUGAUAAUCCCUUUGGAAUAUAUCAGAAGAUCCUGGCUGGCAAGAUAGACUUUCCAAGGCAUUUAGAUUUAUAUGUGAAAGACCUCAUAAAGAAACUCCUUGUUGUAGAUAGAACCAGACGACUUGGAAACAUGAAGAAUGGAGCAGAUGAUGUCAAGCGGCAUAGAUGGUUUAGGUCAAUAGAAUGGGAUGCAGUGCCACAAAGAAAACUAAAGCCUCCAAUAAUGCCGAAAGUAGCACAUGAAGGCGAUACAUCCAAUUUUGAAGCUUAUCCUGAAGAUGACUGGAACAAAGCACCACCAGUACCUGCAAAAGAUUUAGAAAUGUUUAAACAUUUCUAAGUAAGAAAGUGGAAAUGGAAAUUCCCUUACUGAAAUACAGUGCUAAAAGAUGAACAGCGAAUUUGAUGUUCUCUGAUGUACUAAGAUACCUCUGCUACGAUCAAAACAGGAAAAGCCGUUCAGAUUAGCAAGAGAAUUGACAGAAUUCCUGAUAUGCACUUCUGAGUGACUUGCAGACCUCUGAAAAGAAGAUUUCAGAGCAUUCCAAAGCGCUGGGUCCAUUAGUCCUCACAGGCUAUACAUGGCUAUUAUUCAUGUAUUUUUUUUUUUUCUUCAGAACUUUUCUAUGACCUACAAGUUCAGAAUUUAGUGGUGGCUUAAACACCACAUUUUACACAUGGACUUUAGCAUUCUUUGUGGAAAUUUAAAUAGUUACAGUUCUGCUUCUAAUUUUAUUACUUUUAGAAUGAUUGACACUGAUAUCCUUGCACGUUUGAUGCGUUGAGAGAGAAAAUGUGUUUCAUAUAUAAAGGAUUCUUUUUUUAUUUAAGGAGGAAAACUUAUUUCUAAAUUUAUUCUACUCAACAGCAGGUUUCAUUUCUGAAUUUGUGAAAUGUUGAGAAUAGAAAUGGUAAGAAUUUUUUUUUUUAAAAGUCAGAUACUUGAUCCUUUAUCAUGGUACAAAUUACUUAUUGGUAUCAUGUAAAUGUCAAAGCAACCAGAAUUUCUAUAGAAUUUUUUUUUUUAAUUUUAUUUUUUUAAUUCAAAAUGAUAUGCUGCCAGAAUCUUAUUUUGAUUUUGCUUUGUUUUACCUUGGACUUGCAACUGGGCUAAAACCCUUGUGAGAAUGUGAAUUCAUUAUCAAUACUUGCUAAACUUUAUCACUAUUAUCCUUGCCCAGUUUAUUUGCUAAUGGAUUCAGUGUUCUAUGUAUGCUGGAGGCCAGAAUAUAUAUUCCUGAAUAAGAUCUUGGUUUUAUUUAGUACUGUAUAAACAAUAAAAAAAUAGUAAUCUAAUUAAAAUAAUGCAAUGUUUUACUGAUAUAUAAUCACGUUUUUAAGCCAUACAAAAAAAAAAAACUAAAACAAAACUAGUGGUGUUCGUUUAGAAUUAAGAUUAUCAAUAAAAAAUGGAAACCAUCGCCUGUGAAGUAUGGAAUAUCAUGUAGUAACACAUCACUAGUAUUAAUCAUGGUUAAUAAAAAACUAUUUUGAAUUUGCUGCUAUAUUACCAGCAUAAUAGAAUCCACAUUUAGAUAUAGAGAAUUCCCUAGUUAGUUAUUAUAUAAUAUGGUUUAGAAUGGAGCUGAAUUACUAGAUUAUUUUUUUAAUAUACAUCUUUUGCAAGGUUACCCAUAUUCGUACAAUUAUUAACAAGAUUUGCCUGACACAUUGGUGAAUCUUCCAUUGCUACUGCUGUAUAAUUCAGUUAAACAGUACUGCUUAGAAUUAUUCAAUGUGGUAUAACGUUAAAUUGCAUUUUUUUAUAUAUAAAAAGUUAGUUUAAAAUUGACAUUUUUACUUAAACUGUGUGUUUAAAUAGCACAAAGUUAGUACAUGUAUGUAAAUAAAAGAAAAUAUUAAGACCUAAGCACAAAAUGUGCAAAGAUGUAAAUGUUUGUACUUUACAAAGUCUGAGUUUUAUUUUUGAAAUUGUGUUUUCCCCCAAGACUUUGUCAAUGAAGUAAUAAAAAUAUUUUUUUGUUUUUUCUUCUCCCUUAUGUCAUUAAAAUGCUUUUAAAUAUG